AUGACAAGCAUCACUGCUUCUGGUCUUCUGGGCCCUGUCGCCGCCCUAAGUGGUUGGACCCUGGUCAUGGAAGUAUGGAUGUACGCUGUCUGCAUUCCGGUUUACAACAAAAUCAAAAUUACGAGUCAGAUCACCAAGAGCCAAAUGGACGCGCAGAUGCCUGCCUCUGCGCGCUGGAAGAGAGAUAACUAUAACCAUCUCUUUGAGCAGCCAACCCAGUUCUACGCGAUCGCUUUGGCGCUGGCAGUUGCUCGUGGAGGAAAGAUUGACCAACUGGAUUCGAUUCUUGCAUGGACCUACGUUGGCGCCCGCGUUUUGCAUAGCCUGGUUCAUUCUACGACAAAUACCCUCAUGGCGCGAUUUCUCCUAUUUGGCCUCUCGUCGAGUAUUCUGGCGGUCAUGACGGGAAGACUGGCCAUGGUUGUAUUCUAA